ACGGCUGGUCACCAUGAACUUCUACGGUACAGUCGAGGAAGAAGAUUCCAGUGGAUUUGACAUUCGUAAGCGUGACUGGAGAGCAACAGCCAAAGACAUAGGAUGCACAAUGCCACAGCAGUCUCCAUCGGACCCUGAACGGCCAAGACAUGCAGCCUUGGGUCCCGUUGGAAUUGACUACAUCCCCACUGAGGAGGAGAGGAGGGUGUUUAGGGAGUGCAAUCAGGAAAGCUUCUGGUACAGAUCUCUCCCUAUAUCAGCCAUCAGCAUGGCCUUCACUCAGUUCCUUAUUUCUAGAGGUGUUCUUAUGGCCUCUGGCAGAUUUGGAUCAUUGCCCAAAGUAGCUUUUGCUGGUGUUUGUGGGUACCUCGGAGGGAAGAUGUCAUACAUGAAGACAUGCCAGGAGAAGUUUAAGAGCUUGGAGAAUUCACCACUGGGGGAGGCACUGAGACAGAGACAGCACCACCAAACACCUAAGUUUCCUCGUGAGCAGGCGGGAUUGAGUGAUCCAAAGAAAGCUGAUUUAGAGCCAGCCUUUCAGCUUGAUGAUCAGAGGGAUUUCACUUACAGUAAACCCAUGCAUUCAGCAAACCAAUAUGACAACCAAAUUACAGAAUCAUCUUACAUUGAGGAGGAUGUCAGAAGUAAGGACAGGGAAAACUAUGAAGUCACAAUGACUCAGAAACCAGGCGCACUGCCGAAGUCUUCGGCUGAUUCCACGGCAGCCAAGAAAGGAAAGAAGAAUAUAUAUGGAGACACAUGGGAGGAGUGAGAGCUGCUUCAGCACACUGUUUCACUGUCUGUAACUGAUGUCUCUUACAAUAUAGAUGUCUAACUAUA